UGCGUCUGAUCAAUCCCACCCGCUGUCCCUGCCGCUGCAUCGAUCGUCGUCUCGGCCACCGGCUCGACAACCGGCCCGGCUGUACUCUCUGGCUCCCAGACGCUCUCGCGGCACCUUCCCUCCAAGCAACCGAGGCCUCCAGCGCUUCCCACACCAACGCCUGUGGCUGCGGGUCCGGCCCUCUGUGGACUCGCCAUCAUCCUCGCAUCGUCCAGACAUCUGCUAUCGCACGGAUCACCCAGCGAUACCCACCCUGACCUGGAACAGCCAACCAUAGCGCCUCCGGCCCUCCGUACAACUCGCACAGCCACUCGGAGCGCUUCUGUAUCCGAUCAUCCGCAGUCCCCCAGCACCAUCCGCCGUCAUCGCCGGCCACCAUGAGCGCCUCUGGUGACCUCCCAGCAACAACGACACCCGAUGAGGCUCCCAGGCCCAUCAAGCGCACCCGAAACAAAAGAGCAUGCGACACCUGUCGCAUCAAACGCAACAAGUGCUCGGGCGGCCAGCCCUGCUCCGGGUGCCAGGACUUUGGAAUCCCCUGCACGUAUAAUACCCCCAUGAAGAAGCGGGGACCUCAGGUGCGGUCCGGAGCCCAGUCGACGUCCAAGCCCAGGUCCAGCCUGAUUGAGGACUUUCCCAGCAGCCUCAACGACUCGAUUCCGACUUUGGCUGUGUCAUCUCCCGAGACAGAUGGCACUCCCAGCCAAGGGUACAGCUUUACUCCCAGGCCCGCUUUGAAAUCCACCGAAGUGACUGCCAUCUCCGACAUCAACAACAACGUGACAACAUAUUUUGGCCGGUCUGCCAAGGGCGGUGCCCAGAAUCUGUACUUCAAAAACGGCGUCCAGUGCCACGGGAUCUUCAACGUCAUGGUCGCCUUUCGGGGCACGCCUAUUCUCAAGAUCCUCCGCGAAGAUUCGUUCCCGUUCAGCCGUUCCAUUACAUACCAUUUUGUGCAUCUGUACUUUGAACACAUCUCUCCGUGCCAUCCAGUCGUUGAUCGGUCGACAUUCUACGAGGAGCUGGAGCAGGAGUACCACACCGAGCCGUUUUCGCUGCUGCUGUGGGUCAUGUGUACCCUGAUCACCUUGGAAUUCCGAUCGCUCGAGGAAUGGGGGCUUGACAACAUCCAUGAAGAACGACUGCGGUUGGCCAACCACUCGUACGCCAUGAUUUCAAAGCUCUACGACCACCCGCACAUCAACGUGCUGCAGGCGCUGCUGAUGAUGUCUUUGGCGGCUUGUGACCCAAGCGCAAUCAUCAAGCAGAACUCGUACUAUUAUAUGGGUCUGGCCCGGUCCAUGGCCAUCGAGCUUGGUCUCCACCUCAACCUCGACGACGUUCGUGUACCACCUCCAGACCGGACCGUCCGCCGGAUCCAGCGGUCGUGCUUCUUUGCCCUCUAUACGGCAGAUCGAUACUCGUCCCUGGUGAUGGGCCGCCCGAUAUCCGUUCGUGACGACAGUUGGGAUAGCUCUCUGCUCGACGAAGACUUUGAUGACAUGAACUACCGAAACCUCGUCAUCAACGUGCGCAUGUGCAAGGUGUUGGGGCGGCUUAUCACCCUGCUCAACUCGCCCGGAGUCGUCCUGACUUCCCCCGAAGCCAAGGAGCUGGCCUGCCAGAUUCUCAUGCAGCUGCAGCACUGGUUCAGCUCGCUGCCGGCGCAGUAUCGCGGUCCUCCCACCGGUCGCUGGUCGAUUCACUAUCACUACCACACGGCCUUCCACUCAUUCAACAUCCUGCUGCAGCGGAUCAUUGCCGAGGAGUAUACCACCAGCGCCAUCGACAGCGCCCAUGCGAUCGUGCGAUACCUGCGUGACAUCCCGGCAAAGUUCCUCGCGUCUUCUUUCUUCCAGAGCAAAGAGUUUAUCUACGUGGCUCCGAUCACGUCCUACGUGGCACUCACCGCGGCCAACCUGUUUCUGGAGCUGAUUCUCAGCCCUGGUUUUGUGAUGAAUCGGCUGGACGACGCCAGUCGCUACAUUAGCGAGCUCAACGAGAUCCUGUUGUUCCUGCAGCACCUCGACACGGCCACAUCGCUGUGGCUGCGGCAAAUCAUCCUCGAAGGCAUCAACUGGAACAAUGUUCACACCAAGGCCAUUGCAAACGGCAUGCUCCCCACGAUCUCCGACUCGACCGUGCGUUGCCUCUCCUUUGUUUCGCGGGAGAGUGGCGUCGUCACCAGGGGAGAAGCUGCACCGUCCGGUCUACUGGAUCCACUCUUUGCAUCGGCCCAGCUUGCCAACCUGGGCGGCGCUGUGCCCCUUGUCUCGAAUCCGCCCGCGCUCACAAGUAUGCAUCCAAGGACGCCGCUCCCAGUCGUGAGUGGCGGUAGCGGCCCAGCUCAGAACGGCGCUGGUGUGGUGACGAUGUCGGUCUCGUCGUUGUCGGACCCGCACACCCUAUUGGCCGCACAGGGGCUCCUGAACAUGGAUCACGACGGAGCAACGGACAUGGACACACUCUUUGACGAACCGCCGCCGGUGGUCCUGAGCAACGCAAUCGUCUCGGACUUUCUCAUGGCGACCCAUGGCGACCCAUUGAGCUUUGGGACACCCUUGAUUCCUCCGACGCCGGCGAGUGCAGCCGCGAACUCUCCCAUGCACUCCCUGCUCGACGCGACCCUCCAGGCGAUCCCACCCAUGCAGUCGAUUCCCACCGCCGGCACGCCCGUCCUCCGGCCCGAGCACUUUCCGUUCGAUUCGACGACCACAACCGUCCUCGGCGCGACUUUCCAUCGCUGUAUCCACCCGCACUCAUCCAAGCCGCAGCCACCAUCAGCAUCAGCACCAGCACCAGCAUUAACACCAGCGUUAACAUCAACAUCGACAGAGGCCUAUGUCAGUCCGCCCACAGACCAGUCGACCGAGCGGCUGCCAACCGAAGCAGAGUUCCGGGCGCAGUUGAUGGAGCUCUUUGGGCCGAGCACACCAGCCAAGCUGUACAUGGCUCCCAAGUCGACUUCGCCAUCUCCAUCUCCAUCUCUUCCGUCCCCAUCGCUGGAACCGACCUCCGGGUCGCCGGAAGGCAGCACUUUGGCAUCGCCGCGGAGGCUGCCGAGCGACUUGGACGACAGUCACAGUCGACCGAGCCUGUUAGACACGCAUUUCUGACCGACCGAGCCGUCGGUGGCCUCGUGGACGACAAUGAUACUGCAGUUCAAUCAUGCAGCGAACUUGCACGCUCGAGUGUGGCCCCCCGCCAUUUAUUUGCCUUUGCUUUCCCGUUCUCCCUCAGUAUAAUACCGGUGCUCGGUGGAACAAUACACCGUCGCCGUCCUCAAAGUCGAGCGCGAU